UAUCGCACUUCUUUUUUCUGCUUCUUUUUUCCUCGGCUUCUUUUUUUGUUAACAUGUAAUUUUUUUGUACUCUUUACCAAACACAACCCAUACACCCAUUUUAUACUUUAUACUUGUAUUACGUAAAAACAAUAUUCCUUACUACACCUUUUUUUACACUCAGAGAAGGCUGUUAGAAUAUAAAACCGGUUAACUCGAAAUUUGAAUUUACAUUAACAUUCCCAAGCUUUUUUUAUUUUUCUGUUGGUAAUGACCAGACCUUUGCUCAUUGACGCAGCCUACGCUGUGGUUGCCGUCGCCACCCUCAUCGGGCUUUUCGUACACAACAGCGGACCACAGUGGACAAUCAACGAGUUCAAACGCAAGUGCGCACUUGACUUAUCACAAUCAUCACAACAAAUGGUCCUCCAUCACCAUAACAGUGGGGGUACAUUAGCUGAUAUUUCAGGGACGAUGGCUUAUAGGGAUACGUUUACGGUUAAGCAUUAUUCGCCGGAUCUUUGGUGCAACGUUAGUUGGAUGUUGGGCACAUUGCUGUCGAAUAAGUGGCAUAUGCUGGGAUUAGCUAAUGCGUUGGUGGCGGUGGUGUCUUUGGCGAGAAAGGCAUUGAUAAAUUUGAUAUUCGGGAGGCUUGCGAUGAAUGAAGUCCAUCAUUCGUACGAUCGCAUCUUGAACUUUGUAUUGUUCAAAGUGGUGUCGGUCAGAGCGACUCUGGAUGCCGACUGGGAGGACCUAGCCAUAUGGACCGCGGCAUAUUGCUGUUUUGGAACAUUAUACCUGGUCGGUGGCCUAGCGCGCGACCAUCUAGAGGGCCUGCGGAUGUCACCGGUCCAAUCCAAUAUUCGCUGGGGCUUUGUCGCCCUACUCUGCGUGCUUAUCGCAUCGGCAAUCAGUCUAGGCAUCCUCAGCUGGACAUUCCUCCGCCCCCUUUUCAGCAUCCUCUGCAUCGAAGCCCUGACCAUCCUCUUCGAUGUCGGCCAAACCCUGACUAAAUACAUUGUGUACGCCUGGGAUAACAAUAAUACCAUGGCGACCGAGUCGUGGGAAGCGCGUUCUGACGCCGUGCUGUUGUGCGAGUUUGCCACAGACAUGUGCAUUUUGGUUCUCACACUCCUGCACUACACACAUAUCCUGCUGAUCAACGGCCUGUCGUUGAAUAUUGUAAGUGCCAUGGUAUUUUUUAAUCUACGUAGUAUCGCGAGCAAGCUAUAUCGCAAAUCACGCAAGCUGGCGGCGUUCCGUAACGCUGUUACUAGCAUGAAGUGUCAGUUUCCGGAUGCCACGAAGGAGGAUAUUGUGCGGUUUAAUGACCGAUGCUCAAUUUGUCGCGAGGUGCUGAUGACCGCAAAGAAACUGCCCUGUGAGCAUUUGUUUCAUCGCUCGUGUUUGAGGUCCUGGCUGGUGCGUCAUCUUUCGUGCCCGACGUGUAGGAUUACGCUUUCGAGCGAUGACGUCGGCCAGUGGGCUAGUGCUGGCAAUAACCCGCCGACGGACGCCCUUGAGCACGGUUCUGAUCUAGUUUUCGCAACCGCCAACACUGGCUGAUAUGGCUAAACAAAACCCACUGCUCCUUUUCAAUUAUUGUUGUAAUACAUCAGACAAAGCAGUUAAGAAAUAAAA